AUGUUCACCUCAUCCGUUCGAAGAGUUGCUUUGACAGCGCCACCAUUACCGAUAUUACUUCCUGUCCACAAUGUCGCACCACGAGCAGCUACCUCCCGAGCCAUGGCAUUUCGUUGCCAACAACGCCGAUUAUCCUCCUCUUCUUCGUCGAAACCUUCAAGCCCGGCAAAUGGAUCCAAGGGAGUAGCGGAGGGGGAGGCUGUUCCUGCAUCCCCAUCACGAGCAAGACCUGAUGGCGAAAAGAAAGCUUCGAAAGCGGGGAGAAGGAAGGCAAAGGAUGCUUCAACAAGUGCUGCAAACAAAGACGAUACCAUGCACAACUUACCUAGUGUGCCUAGUACCAGUCACAUUGCGCCGAAUCAAAUUGCCGCAUCUGCAUUCUUCUCCCUUCAUAGACCCAUGUCCCUCACUAUGAACUUCCCUAAAGUCGUAACUGACGAAGCAUUCGCCUCUAUCUUCACCCCACGAACACGAGCAAAUAAAUCGCAAGAAGUAAUAACCACACUCUCCAAUACACUUCAAUCUCUCGACUCUGCUACGGGGUCCCUCAAACAACUUAAUAUUCAAGACCAAUGGAACGAAGAAACAGAUGAGUUCCGCGCCGGCAUCACCGCCGAUUCAUACAGAGUUCAACAUCUGGACAAUAUCGACGAACUACCCCGCUCAAUGCAUGCCCGCAAAUACACGCCAUUCUCCCCUCCUCCCGCGCCCGUCCCUAUGAGCACAGAGGAAUCGCUCAUCGCCGGUGCCGAAGCCGCCGCCGAACACGAGGAGGCGCAACUCCCCCAACAACGCACCUACACCACCCUUCUCACGAUCAACGAAUCAGUCGACGCAAACGGCGAAACUACAUACACUGCGGAAAGUGGCCCAAUAGUAUCCGAAGACCCACCAAGAAGCUAUCUCGAGCGCAUGAAAAUCCGUCGCAAGGAGCGAGCAACCAUGUGGGCCAUUAGUGUGAAGAGACAGCGAAAACUCAAAAUGAAGAAACACAAGUAUAAGAAGCUGAUGCGCCGGACGAGGAAUUUGAGACGAAGAUUAGAUCGUAAUUAG